UUUGGUUUGAUACCCGAGGACGUCUUUGCUUUGCUACUGAGGACGUCUUUGCUUUGCUACUGAGAACGUCACGCGAGGUUGAGGUUGAGGUUGAGGUCUGCAUGCUGCUGCGAGGAGACGUGGUGGUCGAUAGAUACCUCUCACCCCCUCCUCAGGUCUCUACACCAGUCGACGUGGAGAUAGAUACCUACACCAGUCCAUACACCGUCUUGGAGACUGAUAGGCAAGAUGACCAUGUCGACAUACGGCUUGCUCUGAGAGUACACACUCUGGACUGACUCGCCCACCGCCAAAUCACGGACUGCACUCCUGCACUCCUCGUCUUGGAUAAGGGUCUCGCACCCCUCUACAGCGACACGUCAGACGCUCCCGGCCCCCUCUAUCAGACUCAGACUCUGACCAUCUCCACCCCAUCCCGCCGCCGCCGCCGCUUCAAACUCUCACUUCAAGACCCAUCACCUCACCACGGGCGCCCUGAACAACUCCUCCCAUCUCGCCCACCUACCGGCACAGCAGGCAACACAUGCAGCCACCACCAUGGCCGAAACAGUAGAAUGCUGGUGGCUCGCCAAGCGCGCCGACGACAUCGCCGCAGCCCUAACCCGCAUCCGGACCUCCCCCCUCCCCUCGCACUCCCACGCCGACAUCACCAACGUCAUCAGCGAGGUUCUUCACUCCGGCUCCCUCCUCCGCGAUCUCUCAGACCUUUUGAGGAUCUACCGCGACCGGGUGUCACUCGUGCGCGGGUUUCUGGGGAUCUUGGCGCCGUGUUUGGGGAGGUCAGUGGAGGAUAUUAGGUAUUUGCUGGGGGAGAAGGGGAGUUUUAGGCAGGUGUGGGGGGGGGUUGUGGAGAGGAUGGGGGAGGAUGGGGGGGGGAGUCUGUAUACGAGGUUUAUUAUGUAUAAUGGGUAUAUGGUGCAGCUGGUGAGGUUGUUGAGCAGGCCGUCGAUGUACGAGGCCACGGUCUUGAAAACUCUUAUCGAGAAGACGUUGCGGUUGAGAGCUGCUCGUGGGAUUGAAGCUCCGCGAACCCUACCCCUCCUACCCCUAUGGUCACAAGUCCGGAUCCCCCAAACAGGCCAAAUCCACUGGGCUCAACAGAUCUUCGACCGUAAACACGCUAUGACGAGGAUGAGGCACCAAGUAGUAUCCUGCUGUUACGCCCCCUCCAUGCCCGACGCUGCCCUCGAAACCCCGCCGGGCUCAACGGUGUUGUUCAAACUCAAAUUCAACCAAAACACCCUCUCAGUAGUCCUCUACCUCCCCCCCUACCCCCCCACCGCAGCACGCCUCCUCUGCCGCUGGACCGCCCGCGACGGUUCCCCCGCUUACGCAUCGAGGGGUUUACAUGAGCUACGCAUAAAGCGGAAGGGGUGCGCGCUUAAGCUGGAGCGGUGGUCGCUGGAGAGGGGGAAGCCGGAGGAGUGGUUGGUGCUGUAUUUUAAGGGAUGGGAGAAAAUGGUACUCUUCCACGACGUCUUCGCAGUACUCAAACAGCACUGUCCACGCACCGUGAUGUGCGACCCCGAAGAACUCAUGCUCGGCGAAGAACGCAAACUAUUCCGCGGCCGCAUCACCACCGCCUCAACCCCCCAUAUCCUAACCCUCUACCUCGACAAAACAACAUCCACCCCCCGCCUCUCCGCCACUAUCCCCCACGGCCCCCUCAAGCGCUCCCCAGUCUGGACCGCGUUCGUCCACCCCGACUCGCUGAAGCCCGAGAACUUCAGACGGCGUGCUAGGAAGGUGUUGUUGAAGAAAUUGGAUAUGAAUGUUUAUGACCAGGGGUAUGAGGGGAGGAGGAGGGGGAGGGGGGGGGAGAUGGUUCUUGGUUUCUGCGAGGACGGCGACGCAGAGGCUUUCCUGAGCGCCUGGAAAGCCCUCGCGAAAGAAGCGGCGCUGUGAUCGCUGGAGAUAAUUUGAACGACUCACUUUUUAACUUUUGUAUCAGGGAAUCUAAAUUGGCCAUGUAUAAGUCUUUGAACUGGGAGGGGGAUAUAUGCAUUUUAUAUUCUACAUUGUAAUUCUUCACAUCAUAGUCACCGAAAUCGAAUCCAGUUCAGUUCAGU